AUGGAGAAAGAUGCUGUGAACCGCAGGGCCACUGGAGACGAGCAACACAAGCUCGACAGCCGUAUAAGAGCUUGGCGCACGUUGACUACUGCGGAUCCAUUACCGCAGCAGGUUAUUGUCGAAGACAGUCCGGAUCGUUUGAGCUCGGCCAGUUCGGCAGGUCGUACGGAAAGUUCUAUAGACACUGAUGCAUCCCGAGACCUGUCGAAAGACGCCGUGGUGAAAGGUGACGCUGGCAAACUAACGCGCGCAACACGUGAGCGCUUACAGGGGCAGCGUUCAGACGCAAGGACUGCAUCCUCCGUAGUUCAAGGAAUUGACACUGGUGUAAAUGCCGACAAGGAGCUGAAGCCAGGCUCGGGGCCCAACCCAGAUUCGAGAGUCAGAGAAGACGAUGGCCCAGAAGUCAAUCUUUGGAAGCCCUCGGAUGGUAUCAAGUUUUCGCGACCACCGGAAAAGGUACCAGAUGCGAACGAUAACAAAGAAACAGUCAAGCCCAAUCCCCCUGUCAGAGUUUCGCCACGCGGAGGCAAGAAGUCGAUUGCUUAUUUCUUCAAAGCACGGCCGAAAACGUCCAAAUCAGUUGUCGAUCCUAGGAAGGCGGCCGAUACUUCCAGUGCCGGUGAAGCCAUGUCUGGAGAGAAGAGGAAAAGUAGCUCCGAAGGAUCGCCUUCCAGUAAUAAGCGGAGAAGGCCUGGAAGGCUGACCGCACCAGACUGA